UUUUUAUACGUUUCGAACCUAAAUACAAUACUGCACGGUUAUUAAUCCCUGACGACAAUAGCGUGGUACUUUACCUGGUUUAUCAUCCAUUUGUGUCUUCGAUGAUUAUUAUCUUGUUUAAGUACACUUAGUAAUCUCCGCUUAUUACAAAAUAUAUCCUGAGUGAUGGCUCGUAGGUAUGACACAAGGACAACAAUUUUCUCUCCUGAAGGUCGUUUGUACCAAGUGGAGUAUGCAAUGGAAGCUGUUGGACAUGCUGGCACUUGCUUAGGGGUCGUAGCAAAAGAUGGGAUUGUCCUGGCCGCUGAAAAGCGCUUCAUAAAUAACCUUCUGGACGAAACGGUCUUUUCUGAGAAAAUUUAUAAAAUCAAUGACGACAUAGCCUGCGCCGUUGCUGGUAUAACGGCUGAUGCUACAGUUCUCAUAAAUGAAAUGCGACUUAUUGCUCAAAGAUAUCUCUUGUCUUAUCAAGAGCCUAUGCCGGUAGAACAACUUGUGUGCCACAUAUGCGAUCUUCAACACGGUUAUACUAUGUAUGGUGGUAGAAGACCCUUUGGUGUUUCCAUGUUGUUCAUCGGAUGGGAUAAGCGUUAUGGUUACCAACUAUACCAGACGGAUCCAUCGGGGAAUUUUCUGGGAUGGAAUGCUACGUGUAUUGGGUCGAACUCAACUGCAGCCGGUUCCAUUUUGGAACAGGAUUACAAUGCAGAUGCAACAGUCGAAGAAGCCACAAAAUUAUGUGUAAAAGUCCUGUAUAAAACAAUGACAAUGUCUAAACUGACUUCGGAAAAGGUUGAAGUCGGAGUACUACAAAGACGUAACGAAAAGACCUACGUUCGUCUUAUCAAUCAAAGUCAGGUCGAUACUUUAAUAAAAACAGUCGAAGGAGAAGAAACUCAGAAGAAGUAAUACUUGUGUACAGUCAUUUCCACGCCUAAUAAAACUUUUUUGAGAGCAAUAUUUUAUUCUUUAUUAUUUGUUUAGUGAGAACAAAUUUGUUGGAUCAUUUUACCACAUCCAAAACGUAAACAUCAUAAAGAUAGAUGCAUGUUGAUACUCGAUUUUUAUCAGUUUGGAAAUCAUUUCCUUUCACUAUUAUUUAUCGGAACAGCCUCGAAGAAGAGCUAUCCAUAAUGUUGGAGUGGCUUACAAACGUGGACAGAACCUCAAGUGGUUGAAAUAUUGUAUUUACUCCCCUGAUAAGUAACAUGAGUUAGGAUUGACAAAUACAAUGUUUCAUAUGGUAAGUCGACAUAAUCAACUGUGUCCAAAUCGGAUAGCUGCUCUAGCAGAGUUUUCAUUUUUAGGUACUUUACUUUUGGACAUUAACCAUUAAAAGUUAUGCUUUUAACAUUCAAGUUGGAUAAUUCUGGAUAAACUGGUGGUUUUACUUACAGCCUACACCAACUAACGUAUCAAGAACAGCUUCAUAAAUCAUAUUAAAUUGUAAUAAA